AUGUCCGAGAAGGACCCUGAAGUAAGCUCCUUAAGAGCCGAUGUCGUGUCGGACAACGAUAUGGCCACAGCUGGUUCGGCCCAGUCGUCGACCCAUUCGUCGCCGACACGACGACGACGGAAAAGGGUGCUCAAUAUAAGCUCGGACGGGCUGAGUAGCAGCUCCGGCUCGGAGGCUCAGGAUCCGACAGGUGUGAAGCCCAGAGCAGUCACGCCGUCAAAGCGUGGACGGGGACGCCCUGCGACCACAGGGCAGUACGUUGGCAUGGCCGCUGCCAGGCAAGCGUACCUCAAGGCACAAAAAGAGGAGAAGGAGCUCACUGAGAGCGCGCGCACCACACGCCACAAGAGGAGAGCGGCUGAAGGGUCUGUCCCUAAGCCCGAUGCCGAGCGUAGGCUCCAUCAAAGUGCAGAGGUGGCCCUGAUGGUCGCCGCCAAAUCCAGCAGCCCGAAGGGCACGUACGUGCGUGCACUGAAGGAGUUGGCAGUCACUGUCAAGGAGGCCACGGAGGACCUUGUGGGCUACACCGCAGCCGAAGAGGCUAAGAGACUGCGAGCGGUCAACGUCAAGCAGGAGCAGGAGAUCCUGCAACUGCGUAAGGAGCUCGAUGAAGUUAGAAGGGAGUUGGCGAGGGUUUCGCAGGUGCUAGCGUUGCCCACAUCGACUGCGACCCCGGCCCCGAACACCAAGGAGGAAGAGGAGGAGUUGCGCCUACAGCGCAUUAUGCGAGCUGUCGGCACUAUGCUCGACGCUCGCUUUGAAGGGCUGGAGGCACGGCUUCUACCGGAGCCCCGAAUGCGACCACCGCUAGCGGCGGACAAGCAGAGGAGCCGGGAAGAAUCGUCUAAUCCCCCUGUCGUCGUUGACGCUGCACCGGAUGCGGCACCGUCAUCAGUGCCACCGAUGACAUUGGCGAAAAAGAGGAUGCGUGGCCCCAAGAGAAGUGUCACCGCGCAAGCGGCUUCAUCCGAAACGCACACCUUCCUCCCGGCUCCAGCUUCCAUGAUCGAGAGCUGGUCAACGGUCACCCGUAGGGGUGCUCGACCGAGGGAGGAAGCAGUGAGGACGGUUCCAGCGGCAGCUAUCGCUGAAGCGGAAAGGAAAGACCGGUCUUCUGUAAAGAGGAAAGAGAAGAAGCUGCGCCCUCCACGCACUCAGGCCGUUGUCCUCAAGCUGCAACCAGAGGCCGUGGAAAGAGGACUCACGUACCGCACUGUACUCGCCGAAGCGAGGGCCAAGGUAGAUCCUGGGGCACUUGGAAUACCCAUCCAGCGCAUCCGGUCUGCAGUGACUGGGUCUAAGGUGCUGGAAGUGGAAGGUGCAGACCAGAGCGCCAAGGCCGAUCUCCUGGCCCAAAAGCUUCGUGAGGUUCUGCCCGCAGAAGGGGUCAUAGUGACCAGGCCAGUAACGACUGCAGCCAUCCGCAUCAGCGGACUGGACGACUCCCUGAUGCCGGAGGAACUUACCGCGGAGCUUGCCCGGAUUGGCGAAUGCGCUCCUGAUGCGGUGAAGAUCGGAGACAUCAAGUAUGGCCCAGGCGGGAUGGGUCAAGUAUUGGUCCGGUUGCCCGUCGUUGCCACGAUGAAGGUUCUCGCCGUUCCAAAACUGAGGGUUGGUUGGAGCGUGCUCCGCGCUUGUUUGUUAGAGGCUAAGAAGCUACAGUGCUUCCGAUGCCAUGAGCUAGGGCACGUGAGCGCCCGAUGUCCUUCGUCGGUCGACCGCAGCCGGGAUUGUUAUCGGUGCGGCCAGACCGGCCACGUAGCGGCCGGCUGCUCUCUUGCACCACACUGCGCUGUAUGUACCGCUGCCGGCAGACCGGCGGACCAUGUCUCCGGGAGCAAGGCUUGUGCCAAAGGUCGCGGCUUCGUUGCCGUCCUCUGGGCCGAGAUAUUCGUGUUGGGAGUGUACUUUUCCCCAAACAGGACGCUCGCCGAGUUUGAGGUUUUCCUCAGCGAGCUCAGCCGCGUCGUUGGAAGGUCGCACUUCCGACGGAUUCUCGUUCUAGGUGACCUAAAUGCCAAGUCAUUGUCUUGGGGUUCCUCUAGGACGUGCCCCAGAGGUAGAGCGGUGGAGGAGUGGCUGGUCGGAAGCGGUCUCCUCAUCCUCAAUCGCGGUACGGAACUCACAUGCGUGCGACGUUUGGGCGGGUCCGUGGUGGACGUUACAUUCGCCACGCCUGACGUCGCAUAUCGCGUACGCGGUUGGGCGGUGAUGGUUGGCGAGGAGACCCUCUCCGACCACCGUUACAUCCGAUUCAGUGUCGCCGCGACCCCGGUGGGUUCUGUUCGGGGCUUUUCCUUGCCCAUCAGUGGCAGCGCUAGGGGUCCUCGUUGGGCCCAGAAGCGCCUCAACAUCGAGCGGUUGCGUGAGGCGGCCAUAGUGCAGGCGUGGCGUCUUGACUCGCUUGGCGAGCCAGCAGACGUGUGCGAGGGGGUGGAGCGUCUGCGCGAGGCAAUGUCACGGGUGUGUGACGCUGCUAUGCCUCGCGUGAGAGCUCUCGCUCCUAAGCGCCAAGUUCAUUGGUGGACCGAGGAGAUCGCCAGCCAGCGCCGGCUAUGCGAUAUUAGUCGUCGCACAUACCAGCGAUAUCGACGACGAAGAACGCGCCGGGACCCCAACGAGGAGGACCGCCUGUACGAAGUGUACAGGACGGCGAUAAGAACCCUGCGCUUGGCUAUCGGGGAGGCGAAGGAGGCCGCCUGGAACGACCUACUGGCCUCGCUGGACCGUGACCCGUGGGGGCGGCCCUACAGGCUGGCGCGUAAUGCGCUUCGCCGUUGGGCUCCUCCCGCAACCAGCACCCUGCCGCCGGAAACGUUGCAGCGGGUAGUCGGGGGUCUGUUUCCCGAUUUAUCCGGGACGGCCUUCGUCCCCCCUGUGAUGACAAUGGCGCGGAUUGCUGAUAGCGAAGAGCUUGAGGACGUCUCCCAGGUGGAGUUCGAUUUGGCUGUGCAGAGGAUGCGGGCUAAGCGCACGGCACCCGGUCCCGAUGGGAUCUCGUCCCAAGCGUGGGCGCUCGCCUUGACAGGUGACGGCUUGGGGCCUGCCCUCCAAGGGCUAUUCAGCAGGUGUCUCCGUGAGGGCAGGUUCCCAGAGCCAUGGAAGACUGGUCGGCUUGUCCUUAUUCCUAAGGAAGGCCGGCCACGUGACGAGCCAAGCGGGUACCGCCCAAUCGUCGUGCUGGACGAGGCUGGCAAGCUCCUCGAGCGCAUCGUCGCCAGUCGCCUCGUCCAGCACCUCGAAAGCGUUGGGCCUGACCUGGCUCCUAACCAAUAUGGUUUCCGGAGAGGUCGCUCCACCAUGGACGCGGUCUUGCGCGUCCGCCACCUCUCCGAUCGUUCUUUGAAUAACAUCAAGAUCUCCGAGGUGUACGUGCAGCUGAGAAUCGGAGCCAAUGGACGACUAUAG